AUGGCAAGAGGUGCGCCCCUCUUCUCUGCCACUCUGCACGCCCGCUCAAGCCAUUUCGUCCGCUCAUGUCUGUUCUUCUGCCCUCCCCUUCCUCCUUUCCCUCACCCUAGCUCUCCUGCCUUGUUCGCCCUGCCCUGUCCCCCCUGCGCUGCCCCCCCUGCCCUGUAUCCCCUUGCUCUGUUCCCCCUGCCGUAUGAUGGCAGGGUGAUGGCGAGCAACGGGUGUCCGGGGUACGCAUGGCGGGUGCAGGCCACGCUGUACUCGCCAGAGCAGCAGGCGCUGUCUUUCGCCGUGCCGCUCGCCCCUACGCUCGCCUCCUCCGCCAUCCCCGUCGCCCUCAACGGUGUCUGCAAGAUGGGCCCCAUCGGCUUUGCCCUCAAUGGCGUGCCCUUCUACAGUGCGUGUGACGCCCUGGGUCGGGACGCCUUGCAGUACGAGGGCGCCACGUUUGAUGCGUGUGGGGGGCACCCCACGCCCUCGGGCCAGUACCACUACCACGUCGCUCCCGGCGUCGCCAACCCCUCUGCCAUCUCCUCCUCUCGCUCCACCGCCUUCAACCUCUGCAACGCGUCCUUCUGGCAGGACGCCCCCACCCAACACUCCCCCUUGCUGGGAUUCCUGGCGGACGGCAUUCCGCUGUUCGGCCCGCGGGGAGCGGGGGGAGCGCUGCCGGCAGGGGUGGACGAGUGUGGGGGGCACGUGGGCGACGGCAGCAGUGGCGAGCCUGUGUUCUACCACUACCACGCCAGCACCACCGCGCCCUACACCGUCGCCUGCCUCAGGGGCUGCGUCUCCUCCUCUGACUGGGGCACCCUCGCCUCUGCCUCCUGCACCAAGGCCUCCAAGCAAUACGACUACUCAUCCCUGGCAGCAGUGCAGGCAGUAUGA